AUGGAGCUUCUGGUAUCUAGAGGCACAGACAGGCCCCAUGCCGAGAGCUGUUGUCUGAAGAAAGUUGUAAAGCAAGCAUCUGGUUUCUUAGGUAUAUCUAACAAUAAUAAUAAAAAGGGGUCACCAGCUCUGUGUCCAGUCCCUAUCCGUCUACAACUGAAACUCCACCAGUCCUCUGGUCAACUGCCGGUCAACUGCCAGUCAACUGCCCCAACAGACCCCAGCUCAGAGCUUCGCCCACUAAUUAUCUCUCAACAGUUCCCCUACAGGUCGUCUGCCAAACCUAAACCUCUUUUUAUUGACCAGCACAAAUCCAACUUGGAGGAGAAGGGCUGGGCGCGCGCCGGGCUAGCCGCGCACGCGCACACGCCGGCGCAUUUCUCCGUCUCCCUCGCGCGCGUGCGGACGCGCCGUGGGCGGCCAAUGGAGGGGGUGCUGGCCGAGGCGCUGCUCUCGCAGCUCCCGGACCCGCGGGCCCUGCUGGGCUCACUGUGCCGCGGGGAGGCCUCGGCGGCGCGCGUGGAGGCGCUGCAGCUGCUCCUGCGGCGGCUGGAGGAGCGGGAGCCGCGGGGCGGCGCGGUCCGGGAGGCGGCGCGCGAGGUGGCCGCGGGCUACCUGCUGCCGCUGCUGCGGGGCCCGCCGAGCCGCCCGGACGGGGAUCCGGGGCCGCCGGCGCGCCCGGGCCGGCGCGUGCUGAGGUCGGCGGGCGCCGCCCUGGCCUCCUGCGCCCGCCUGGCCGGGAGCCCGCAGCUGGUGGCGGGGCUGGCGGAGGAGGCGCUGCGCGAGCUGCUGCAGGCCGGCGGCGGCGCGGAGGCGGCCGCGGAGGUGCUGGCGGCCGUGGCGCCGUGCCUGCGGCCCCGGGAGGACGGCGCGCUGCUGGAGCGCGUGGCGCGGGCCGCCCUCGGCCUGGCCCUGGCCGGCGACGAGGCGGGGCCCGCCGAGGAGGCCUUGGCGACGCUGGCGGCCGGCCGGCUGCUGCCCGCGCUGGGCCGGGGCGGCUGCGCGGCCGUGUGGGCCGGCCUGGUGGCCCCCGGCGCGCCUGCCCCGGGCCCGGAGCGCGUCGGGCCGCGACUGCUGGUGCUGAGCGCCCUGGCCGACGAGCUGCUGCCCGGGCCCGGCUCCGAAGGCGGCGCCGCGGACGCCCGCACCAGCGCGCGCUUCUGGACGACGGUGCAAGCCGGCCUGGCCCGGGCCCCGAGCGCGCUGACGCGCAAGCGAGCGCGGUACCUGCUGCGGCGCGCCCUGGAGGUGUCGGCCCAGCUGGGCGCCGACUGCGCGUCCGGGCCGCCCGAGGGAGGACACGGUACUUGCUGCGCCGGCCCCGGCCCCGUCCCGAGUGGCCUUCUGGGCGGGGGCUCGGCUCCUGCGCCCGCCCCGACCCCGCCCAUCGCGGGGCUUCUCUGCCACCUGCAGCCCAUUAAUUCGGCCACGCCUUUGGCCCGCCCUGGGGUUCUUCCCCCGCGAGGGUGGCACCGGUCUCUUGAAUCGCGAGCCCAGGACUGUCCUAGUCUAUUUUGGUGGUCUGAGAAGAAAAAAGAUAAGCUGUUAAAGUUUUGGGAAAACUACAUUUUAAUUAUGGAAACCUUAGAAGGAAAUCAGAUACAUGUUAUAAAACCGGUUUUACCAAAGCUAAACAAUUUGUUCGAAUAUGCAGUGUCAGAGGAAAAUGGAUGUUGGCUAUUUCACCCAUCCUGGCUUAUGUGUAUUUAUAAAAGAAUGUUUGAAAGUGAAAACAAAAUCCUGACCAAGGAAGGCGUUAUCCAUUUUCUGGAGCUGUAUGAAACAAAAGUGCUUCCAUUUUCACAAGAGUUUUCUGAGUUUAUUAUUGGACCCUUAAUGGAUGCCCUUUCUGAAAGUUCAUUAUAUAGCAGGUUCCCAGGCCAGCAGAUAGGAAGUGGUUCUCCAUUGGGGCUGAAAUUACAGAAGUUUUUAGUUACCUACACUUCUCUUCUUACAGAAGAAAUAAAGAGUAGUUUCCUUUUAAAGUUUAUUCAGAAGAUGACAAGUAGACAGUGGUGUGCUAUUCCUAUUUUGUUUAUAUCUAAAGCUUUGGCAGGUGUCCUAAGAUGUAAAGUUCUGGGUCUAGAAGGACUUCUUGCUCUCAGGGGUGUUCUUCAGUGUACCAUGAUCACACAUCAGAUUCUAUUGAGAGGGGCAGCUCAAUGCUAUCUUCUUCAAACAGCUAUGAAUCUGGUUGAUGUGGAAAAAGUGUCACUUUCUGAUGUCUCAACGUUUCUCAUGUCUCUGAAACAAGAGGAGUCCUUAGCACGAGGAACUUCAUUGUGGACAGAGCUCUGUGAUUGGUUAUGUGUUAAUGAAAGCAAUUUUAGGCAAUCUUCAUCUUCUAGCUCCAUUGAACUUCAUGAGACAUCUUAUUUAAAUACUUACGUAAAAAACCUAGUUCAAGAAUAUAUUAAGUCACCUGCUUGGGAAGCAGGAGAAAACUGCUUAAUGCCUGAUUGGUUUGAAGCCAAGCUUGUUGCUAUGAUGGUCUUAUUGGCAGUUGAUGUGGAUAAAAUGAAAAUGAAAAUGAUUCAGCACAGUGAAAAGCAGAGAACACAGAAUAUUUUGAAGAUAUUCUUAGAUCCUCUAUUGGAUGCCCUUAUGAAGUUUGGUACAAAUGCCUACAUGCCCUUACUGAAAACUGACAGAUGCCUCCAGUUGCUAUUGAAGCUACUGCAUACUUGCUUGUUGAAAGGUUCCGGAACCCGAGAUGAUGAAAUAUAUACUGUUCUUCGGAAUUUUGUCUUGUCUACUUCAGAGAGUGUUUCUCUAUUUAUACUAAGAAGACUUACUAUGAAAGAACUAACUAGUGUUUCAGAUCUGGAUCGUUGUCAUUUAUACCUGAUGAUACUAACUGAGCUUCUAAAUCUCCACUUCAAGGCUGGGUGGAAAGGAGAUAACCCCAUUUGGAGAGUUAUUUCUCCUUUGAAAAAUAUAUCUAUUCAACAUCUUCAAGAGAUGGAUAGUGGACAGGAGCCAACCCUUGAUAGACAGAUUCAGAGAGUCAUUAGUAUGUCUUCCUUGGCCAUGUUGUGUGAGGCCAUUGAGCAGAAGCCUGACCUGCAGCCAGAAUCUCUUGAUCCAGGACCCACUGAGAGGUUCCUUUCUUCUCUUCAGUUCAAUCAGACACUGCAAAAGCCGCUUAGAGAGGAACAAAGCAGUUUUUUUGAAGAAUCAUCACCUUCCCGAGGAUGGGGGAAAAUAGUUUCACAGUAUAUGCAUGAUCAGUGGGUCUGCCUCUCUUUUCUGUUGAAAAGAUACCACACCCUUAUUCCAACAACAGAAGGUGAAAUUGUGGAACCCAUUUUACCUGCUGUUCAAAUGCCAGUAAGGACUUUGCAAUCUGCACUAGAAGCCCUCACAGUUCUUCGUCAUGAUCAAGUUUUACCUGUGUUCCAGUGCAUGAAAAUUUUGGUUCCCAAGCUUCUGGCCUCCUCUGAAUCACUCUGCAUAGAAUCUUUUGACAUGGCUUGGAAAAUUUUAUCUUCUUCAAGCAACACUCAGUUGAUAUUCUGGUCUAAUUUAAAAGCUUUUGUUGAGUUUGUUUUUGAUGCCCAAAUCCUUACCAUCGCUGCAAAAAUAAAGGGCCAGGCAUAUUUCAAAUUAAAAGAGAUUAUGCUCAAUUUAAUUGAAAUGUCUGCUAUAAAAACUGGAGUCUUCAACAUACUGAUAAAUUAUUGUUGCCAGUCUUGGAUAGUUUCUGCUUCUAAUGUGUCUCAAGUAUCGUUAUCAGUUGCUACAAAUUAUAGUGAACUUGUCCUUGAGGCUUGUUUAUUUGGAACUGUGUUUAGACGUGAUCAAAGGCUCAUUCAGGAUAUACAGACCUUCAUAGAAAAUUUUGGAUAUGAAUGUGCAGCUAAUGUUGUUAUUGAAAACACUAAAAGAGAGGACCAUUAUGUGAGAAUUUGUGCUGUCAAAUUCCUGUGUUUAUUGGAUGGCUCAAAUAUGUCUCAUAAAUUGUUUAUGGAAGAUCUUGCAAUCAAGCUCUUAGAUAAAGAUGAAUUGGUAUCUAAGUCUAGAACACGAUACUAUAUAAACUCUCAGCAGCAUCGAGUGAAAAAUCGAAUUUGGCAGACUCUGCUAGUACUUUUCUCGAGAUUUGAUCAGAAUUUCUUGAAUGUAAUUAUUGACAAGAUCUUGGAGGCUGGUUUCAUCAAUAAUCAAGCAUCCAUAAAAUAUUUUAUAGAAUGGAUUAUUAUAUUGAUUCUUCAUAAAUUUCCUCAUUUUCUUCCAAAGUUCUGGAAUUGCUUUUCAUAUGGUGAAGAACACCUUAAAAUAAGCAUUUGCACAUUUUUAUCUGUUUUGUCACAUUUGGACAUCAUUACUGAAAAUAUUCCAGAAAAGAAACCAGUUCUGAAGCAAGCCCUUCUUAUUACACUGAAGUGGUGUUUCAACCACAAUUUUAGUGUUCGAUUGUAUGCAUUAGUAGCUCUUAAGAAAAUCUGGAGCAUGUGUAAAAUGUUGUGCAUUGAAGAAUUAGAUGUUUUGACUUCUGUUAUUGAGUCGAGUCUUAAUCAGGUGGAGAACAUGCAUGGAGCAGGGAAUGCCAAGAAGAAUUGGCAGCGCAUCCAAGAACAUUUCUUUUUUGCAACAUUUCACCCUCUUAAGGAUUAUUGUCUGGAGACUAUCUUUUAUAUCCUUCCACGCCUUUCAGGCCUUAUUGAAGAUGAAUGGAUCACCAUUAGUAAAUUUACCAAAUUCACUGACAUUCCUUUAGAUGAAGGAUUUCAGUGGUACCUUUCUUCAACUCAACUUCGUGAAAUGACACCAAGUGACUGGUCUCAACAGGACAUAGGUUCUAACUCAGGAGAAGUAGAUAACCAAGCAGAUUGGACUGAUGUUCAGAAGAAGAUUAUCCCAGGGAAAAAAUAUGUUCCAGAUUUAGACUUGGAGCUAGUUCUUCAGGAUCGUGCUGCCAAACUUGGAAAGUCGAUUAAUAGACUGAUUGUAGUAGCCUCACUCAUAGAUAAGCCAACCAAUUUAGGAGGACUGUGCCGGACCUGUGAGGUAUUUGGGGCCUCAGUCCUUGUUGUUGGCAGUCUGCACUAUAUCAAAGACAAACAGUUUCAGCAUCUCAGCAUUUCAGCAGAACAAUGGCUUCCUUUAGUGGAGGUAAAACCACCUCAGCUGCUCAAUUAUCUACAGCAGAAAAAAACAGAAGGUUAUACUAUCAUUGGUGUGGAACAAACUGCCAGAAGUUUAGACCUGACUCAAUACUGCUUUCCUGAGAAAUCUCUACUUUUACUGGGAAAUGAGCAUGAAGGAAUUCCAGCAAAUCUGAUCCAACAAUUGGAUGUCUGUGUGGAAAUUCCUCAGCUGGGUAUCAUCCGCUCACUUAAUGUCCAUGUCAGUGGAGCUCUGCUGAUUUGGGAAUAUACCAGGCAACAACUGCUUAAGCCUGGGAACAAUGUAUGAAGUUUGUGCCUUAUGAGAUGAAUUGUUGGUGCUAUUGAAACCUUUUCUUUGACAUGGCUUUGGAGCAAUGAUAAUGAAAUUUUAUAGAAAAAACUUGUUUUUAUUUUUUGCGAUGUGAUGCCAAAACUUUUUCAUGUGCCUUCAGUAUAAGAUGUCCCAUUUAAUAAACAUUUAUUUAGUUAAGCUGUGUAUUAUUACUUGAAUAAAAUAUUUUAAAUUACAGAAA